AGGUGGUGCUGUCACACGGCUUUCGAUCACGCCUCGCUAGUAAGUAUUUUGCGCUUCGAACGACUUGAGGUGUUCUUCGGAUAAACGGUGUGACACCUGGGAUGGACCGAUAAUCGUGCACCAAUUCCAAAAUCAUCCUUUCCGGUCUGGUGAAAACUGUGGAACACCAAAACUCACCAAAACUUGUUGAUUAUAUUCGGCCGGAAUACGAAUCGAGGGCAAUUAUUCGCCAACCGAGGAACUGAUCGCAACGGGGUUGAAGGACGCGAAAUAUACCCUUGUACUGACCAUCUGGUGCGCGUAGUGAAUAGGGGGUCACAUCGAUGAGAAGAGAGCUACAGCUUCCCGCACAAGGUUGUGAAUGAAAUGAAUGGUUUCAAGAUGAUGUGAACUCUGUGCUUCGCCCGGUUAUUUGUUGAACUAUUAGUGCAAGGAAGUGCGAAAAAGGUCUGUCCGUGUUUUUGUUAUUCCGUUACCACCGGCGAGUGCCGUACCGAGGGAAAACGAGAGGAAGAAAGCCCUGAACAUGUCCUUUCUGCGUAACAUUCGCAACAACCUAACCACCGGCCACAAAGCUGGAACCGCUCAACGCAAUGGCAAGCUCAACCCUGGGCCACCUACCCGGAGUAUAAUCAGUGAACGAACUGCGGCAACGCCAAGGAAACCCGACUCCACAGACGCACCACAACGGGAUCGUUCCGACUACGGGACAUACGGUGGCCGACGCAACAGUGACUACAGCCGGCGGGGUAGUACCUCGACCACACUGCGCAGGGAGAGCAAAUAUGGCAAGGAGACUCCGGCACCGAUCAUAGUGUUCGUGGAUAAGUACGAGACCACGAAGAAACCGGCCGGGAUAUUGCGGAACAACACAUUCACCAAGGGUGAUCGGGACAAGGAGCGGCGUUCGGGAAAUGCAAUUAGUAGGAGUGAUACGUUCACGAUUAAUGAGUCUGAAAAUGAGGAAAACAUGAAAACUAAUACGUACACCAAAAGGAAAAGUAAAGAGAGAUCACGAGAAAAUAUCACCGAUCCAACGGAGAAACUACCGGUCGUGGUAGAUUCUCGUACAUACCGGAAGAAGUCCCUGAAAUCAUCGAAACCAGUCCAGAAAGUGGAAAGCUUCAUCAAACGCUUCGAGAAAAGUUUGUUCAGGAACGAUUCCAAGAAACACGACCGGAAGGAUUCAAACUCCUCUAACAGUACGUACAUUCCCACAUUUCGUGACAUCGGAAUCAACUGCAAGUUGGACGAGGAGGAAAAAUUAAAAACAAGAAAGAAACGACAGAGUUCGAGGGAAUCGCUUUUGGAUACUGCGAAUGUAGAAUACAGCUCCUCUUCGCAGCAAAGUUACAGAGAUAGAAGCGCUACGCCGCAGAAUAAAUCGCGCGAGAGAAGCACUUCGCCCACGAAAAAAUAUUCCUCCACAUACGAUCGGAUGGAAAAACUCCCCGAACGGAAUGAGUCUCCUUCUAUUAACGGAAGGUCAAAGAUGACUCACGAACGCAGUUCGUCUCCUUUCGAAACACUCCAGCUUAAAUCGAAACCCACAGACAACAGCUAUUUGAAGGCUCGCCAGAAGGAGAUCGAAAUGGGUUACAGCACUAUCAACAAACGACCGUCGCUAACACUGACCCGGUCAGACACUCCCGACCGCAACAGAUCUGUUCUGGUCAACACAACCCGAACCGAACGCUAUGACUCGGACCAGGGUCGUACAGUAACCACAAGCACCCAUCGGGUGGAGUACAACCAACGGCCAACGACACAGUUUCACUCGAACACUUACAACACUUUGAAGAAAGAGUACGAACAAGCGAACAGUAAACCGGUCGGUAUCGCGAGUCCCCGUCUGAACUCGGAUCGUCCUCGACCGGAACGGUCUGCAUCUCCGUCGAAGCAAAGCCGCAAGGAUUCUGGGGACAUACCGAAGUACACUUUCGGAACAAACCUCGUGGAACGGCGCAGUCGUUUUCAGGAGUUCCAGAAGUCGUUCCGCAAAAAUGAUGACGCCGAAGCCACCUAUCAGCAGAGAUUUUUUGUGCCAAUCUAACCCAAACCAUCUGAAGCAAUGUUAACCUAAUUUUAACGAGUAAUUGAGCAUCCGGAACUGAACUUGCUAAUUAAUACGCUUUGUGGGGAGAAAACCCCGAAAAAUCUUAAUCACGAAUAAAUGCAUUAAUAAUGCUGCGCGGGACGCGAGACAACAAGUUCAUUCCGUUCGAAAGCCCCGCGGGAGGUGAUGUCAUGGCAUCGAAACUGAAUCAUGUAGCGAUGGAUUGAACCAGUUACCCUAGAUGGAGUGAAUUGGUGGUGUACCCGUGCCGACACAACAGUGCAGCAAAACGAUGACGAAGCCGAGGUCGCGAAUAAUACCUCACAAUAUUUCUCUCUUUCAUUGCGUAGGAGGGGUACACAGCACAGCUAGCAGCUGAUGAGUGGGAGAACCCGUCUGGGAAACCCAACGCACAAACAGGGGUAGUCCCAUGGACCAGCUGUGCGAAUUUUGGCGAAGACUGCUACACCUACUUAUUCGGCACUGCUUUCCUUAGUGGGAUACUUUCAUCAAUGGUUCUUCAUCAAAAUUGAAGGACAUCUUCCGAUCAUAACCGCCACUAUACGGAGAUCGUUUUAGCGAAAGCUUAUAGCAUUUGUAUCUAAUUUAAACAAUUCAAAAUAAAUUGAAUGUAUAAUUGAAAAACA